AUGAAGUUCACCACUGCCGUCCUCGCUCUCGCUGCCACCGCCGUUGCCGUUCCCACCGGUGACCACGGCGGCAACAACCCUCCUAGCCAGUGCAACAACAAUGGAAACUACGUCUGCUGCAACGGCCUCCUCGGUGGUCUUCUCUGCAUCGUCGACGUUCUUGGCAAUAGCUGCAGCGGCGGUUCCUACUGCUGCAAGUCUGCUCCUCAGGGCGGUCUUAUCAACAUUGGUCUCGACUGCCUCAAGAUUCUCUAA